AUGUCUUUCACCACUGUCAUCCAAAGUGUUGCCCUUUCAAUCGGUCUUGGUAUUUUACUUAGAUAUGCAGCCCGUUUCGUUUUAUUCUUAUAUGCCUACUUUGUUAGAUCACCAAUCAAUAUUAAUAAAUAUGGUAGUUGGGUUGUUGUAACUGGUGCAACUGAUGGUAUUGGUAAGGCUUAUUGCCAUGAAUUUGCUAAAAAAAAAUUAAAUGUUGUUUUAGUUAGUAGAAGUUUAGAUAAAUUAAAAGAAGUAGCUUCAGAAAUUGAAAAUAAAUUUAAAGUUCAAACUAAAGUUAUUUCAUUUGAUUUUAAUACAACUGAUGAUAGUAAAUAUCAAGAAUUAUUUAAACAAUUAUCAGGAAUUGAUAUUGGUGUUUUAGUUAAUAAUGUUGGUAUUUCAUAUGAUCAUCCAAUGUAUCUUGAAGAAUUACAACCAGCAUCAAUUGAAUCAUUGAUUAAUUUAAAUGUUAGAGCAGCAACUGUUUUAUCAAAAUUCAUACUCACUUCAAUGGUUGAAAAGAAGAGAGGUGCAAUCAUCAAUUUAGCAUCAGUCAGUGGUAUCACUCCAAUUCCAUUACUCACAGUUUACAGUGGUACAAAAGCAUACAUUGAAAAAUUCUCAUUGGCUCUUAAUUUAGAGUAUGCUUCAAAGGGUAUUUUCGUUCAAUGUGUCACCCCAGGUAUUGUUUGUAGUAAAAUGUCAAAGGUUCGUAAAUCAUCUCUCUUUGUUCCACAACCAUCCAGUUUCGCUAGAUCCGCUAUUGCAACCAUUGGUUAUGAUAGACUCACCACUGGUUAUUGGAGUCAUGAAAUUCAAGCUUUCUUCUUAAGAAGUUUACCAUCUUUUGUCGUUGAUAAAGUUAUGUUUGAUAUGCAUUUAGGUCAAAGAAAGAGAGCUCUUAAUAAAAAGAAAUCUCAAUAA